GAUGGGGUGCCAAUCCAUCACAGGCCACAAUUACACACACACUCACUCACUCUCUCUCACACACACCCAUUCACACACCAUGGACAAUUUGGAAAUGCCAAGAUAGAAUCUUGUAUACUUUAAUUACAAUAGAUUUUAGAUACUGAAUGUUUUGUUUGUGUAAUUUAGGUCAAUACAUUUCACACGUACCAACUGACAUUUUUAAAAUUAGGCCUAAAUAUCACCGUCUAGGAUAACGUCAGCAGUGUGUUUUUGUGUCAUGUGUGAGUCUUCUGCUCUUCGUGACCACAAACGCAUGUCAUAUGAGGCAAUAUUUCAAGAGGUUAUUCCCCCCCCCAGGUCCAAGCACGUGCAUUUUCCCCGCCAAUUUCCGGUGUCGUCAUUUCUUCAGUGGGGGUAAAAAAAAAAAAAAAAAAAAAAAAAAAGAAAAGAAAAUUAAAAGAAGAAGAAGAGUGUGAGUGAGAACGGUGUUACUCUUCUCUGGGAACGGCUGUGAGAUUUUAUUGUCUAUUAUCUAUUGUCUGUAGAAGGUCUUAUAACGUUCUGUGGAUAAUUUAACAAAUACAAACACCAAACGCAGACACCACCAUGGCCAAAGUUUGACCUGACGAGAUUAUUAUUAUUAUUUAUUAUUAUUAUUUAUUUAUUUUUUUUUUGAAGGGGGGAAAAAAACCCCUCAGUUGUCUUCUAAAAUUGUCACAUUCUUUAAAACUGUCUCAAUGCCCGCGGCAAGGAAAACGAGGAAGCCUGAUAUUAAGAUGGUCAUUCUGGGAGACAUGAACGUGGGGAAAACGUCUCUUCUCCACAGAUACACGGAGAGAGGUUUUAAAGAAACGCUGAGCACAGUCGGAGGAGCUUUCUUCCUCAAGCAGUGGGGACCCUACAACAUCUCCAUUUGGGACACGGCAGGUCGUGAGCAGUUCCACGGUCUGGGUUCCAUGUACUGCCGUGGUGCGGCGGCCAUCAUCCUGACAUAUGAUGUGACCAGCUGGCAGAGCCUCUUGCAGCUUGAAGAACGGUUCCUGCCGCUCACCGAUUCUGCCAACAGUGACUGUGUUUUCGCCGUUGUAGGCAACAAGGCUGACCUGACUGACCCAUGCGCCCAAGUCCUGACCACCGAGGACACCCCAGCAGGCCCCACCCCCCCACAUACGCCUACUUUCCACAAGCAGGUGGCACCGGAGGAUGCUGUGGCGCUCUACAACCGCAUAAUUCACUACAAGGCCCUUGACGCACCCACACUCCCGCGUGCUGAGGAUAUGUGCUUUGAGACAAGUGCAAAGACAGGGUACAAUGUUGAUGUGCUGUUCGAGACGCUGUUUGAGCUGCUGCUGCCAUCCAUCAUCAGAAAGCAAACACAGACCGAGUCAGCUACUGUAUGUUUGGAGGACUGUCAGGGAGAAGAGAAGAAGAAAAGUGAAUGUUGUGUGUGAAGAACAGGAAUACUAAUAGAUGCAGUAAUGUCUUAGGUUUUCAGUCACCCAGAUUUCUAUGAAUAAUAGUGACAAGAAACCUUUAAGAUUAUAAUCAAACCCCAGCUGCUUUGACUUCAUGAUGCUCUAGCUUGGCCAAAAUCACAAUAUUUACUUGAAAACCAUGACAGCUGACCUCAGUCCUGCACCUGUCGUCAGUGAUCGUGGUUUGUGGUCACUUUUUCUGACACCUUUGCUUGAGAUGUUCAAGUAUUUGGGGGAAGUGGAGGAACUAAAGAGUGAUUGUGUGUGAGGAAGAGAUGUUCUCUGUAGAUACAAGCUCUAGCUUGGCCUCUUUACACUGAUCAACAGUGUUGGUAUCCCAGGACUUAAAUAAGACCUUAAGACUGCUGACCUCAGAUCAGCCUGAAAGCGCCACAAUAUUUCAUGUUACUGUGGUUUGUGUCAAGACAAUGAUGGUCCUGCUCUGCUGAAGGUUCUACAGUGGCAUGUACAGGCUUGGAUGUGUGUGAAACACUUAUGGUGUACACAUCUGUUUUGGCACAAACAUAUUUGGACCAGAUUCACCUUUUCCUCUCAAUAUUCAUGUGCCGAGCCUUGAAUUUCUCUGUUUUAUGGCAUUUUAUUUCAUUAACUGUAACUGUACUGUGAAAACAAUUUAUAGGAUUUUACAUAUUUGAAAACUGAUUGUAAUAUAAAUUAAAAUAAAGGUUAAAUUAUUUUACUUAA